CAGGAAGCGGACCGGGGUGAGAGCAGGUGCGGCGGCCAGAGGCGGCGGCGGACCGAGCCCGGAACCGGCCAUGUCGGCCUUCGACACGAACCCCUUCGCGGACCCGGUGGACGUGAAUCCCUUCCAGGAUCCAUCGGUCACCCAGUUGGCAAACGCUAACCAGGGAGGCCUGGAUGAAUUCAACCCCUUCACUGAGAGCUCUCGGCUGACAAAUGUGGCUCAGACCACUCCGGCGACGCAGCCCACGGGGCCUUCGCAGCCGGCCGUGCUCCAGCCGUCCGUGGAACCCACCCCGCAGGCUGUGGCCUCAGCUGCACAGGCCGGCCUUCUUCAACAGCAGGAGGAGCUGGAACGGAAAGCUGCGGAGCUGGAGAGAAAGGAGCGCGAACUGCAGAACAGCGCGGCGGGCUUCAACCCAAAACAGAACAAUUGGCCUCCGCUCCCGAAGCUCUGCCCUGUGAAGCCCUGCUUUUAUCAGGACUUCUCUGCGGACAUCCCAGCCGACUACCAGCGGGUCUGCAAGAUGCUGUAUUACCUGUGGAUGUUUCACUCGGUCACUCUGCUGCUGAACCUGCUCGCCUGCUUCGCGUGGUUCACGGUGGUACCCGACAGAGGCGUGGACUUCGGCCUCUCCAUCCUCUGGUUUAUCCUGUUCACCCCCUGCGCUUUCCUCUGUUGGUAUCGGCCGAUCUAUAAGGCUUUCAGGUCCGACAGCUCCUUCAGCUUCUUCGUCUUCUUCUUCGUCUUCUUUUGCCAGAUAGCGAUCUACAUCGUCCAGGCCGUUGGCAUCCCCGGCUGGGGGGACAGUGGCUGGAUCGCCGCUUUCUCAGAGGUGGGGGCCAACCUGGCCGUGGCGAUCAUCAUGAUGGUGGUGGCUGUCUUCUUCACCGUCUGCUCCAUCCUCUCCCUCUUCCUGCUGAAGCGGGUCCACUCCCUGUAUCGCCGGACGGGAGCCAGCUUCCAGCGAGCCCAGGAAGAGUUCUCCCAAGGCAUCCUCACCAACCGGGGCUUCCAGAAUGCCGCAACCGGGGCGGCUUCGACGGCCGCUCAGAGCGCUUUCCGAGGGAACUAA